CUUGUAAACCGCUCAGAAAUGCCAGCGUGGUGCUUUGUUGUACUGCUAUGUGUGGUGACGCAAUACGCGAAUAGUGACGAAAUUGCAAAAUUGCAACCGAAGAAUUUGGUUCCUGGGUGUAUUGUUGAGGUAUUACAUAAGGUUUUUCCUAAGAACGUAUCCUUCGCUUAUAUUUUGAAUGAUCACCCAGAAUAUUUUCCGAAUAAUUUCAAUGUUCCUCGUGUAAUCGUCAACAUUAGUCGCCCGAUUAACGGAUAUUAUGGUAACUAUGAAAAUGAUUACGUUAUAGAAGCGAAAACAGGGGAUAAGUUAAUAACGACCAUCCACAAGUUAAUCCGAAGUCCUAUUUGGGAACGUGGAAGGACAAACCGUGGACGCUUUCUUCUAAUCACCGCGGAGAAAAAUUUAACUCUCACAUUUCGUGUUUUUUGGCAAAUACAUAUUAUAAAAGUGGUCGUAAUUCAAUACAAAACCGAAUUUGACGGACAAAAUGUAACUGUUAUUACAGGCAAUCCAUUUGACGAACGAAAUGGUUGUGGGAAAGUGCCAACAGCUUUCCGCUACCAACAGUGCGAUUCGAGAUUGUCUGUUAUAUUUGAUGAGUACGUUCGAGAUUUUGGGAGAUGUGAAGUAAUUACAGGAGCAGCGCAAUUCGGAUUGAAGAAACCAUUCUAUCUACCAGAUUAUAUAAUUUUGUCCAUGUUAGAACUGAUAGAAGAGUUUUUAAAUGCAAGAGUAAUACGCUCUACUGAUAUGACCGUUAAGGAGUUUUACGAAUUAGGGCGACAUAACGCUAUGGUGAUAUUGUUGGUUCAGUAUGGAUUGACUGUUUACGUUGACACUAGCAAUGAAAUUUGGACGGAAAGUUUCAUCUGGAUAGGACCAACACCAAAAGUUAUAUCACCAUGCGUUACAUAUUUUAUACCAUUUAAGGGUAUCUUAUGGAUAAUUGUAAUUGUUACGCUCAUUGCAGUAACCCUGACUUGGUGGCUUAUGCUCUACAAGACCGAAUCUUCUAGAACUGUUUCAGCUAUCUCUGUUGAUGUGAUAAGCCUACUUUUAGGCGUGUCCAUAUCCACCGAAACGCGUAGAAUUGCUCUAAGAAUUCUGAUUAUCUUCUAUCUAGUAUACGUCAUCCACAUUCAAACAGUUUAUACAUCAAAUUUGAUCAAUAUCUUGAUAUUGCCUAAGUACGAGAACUCAAUUAACAACAUGGACCAAUUGGAAAAGAGUGACAUGGAAAUCUACGUCCCCGAAUCUCUUUACGAGUAUUAUUUAAAAAACAAUCUUGAACAUUAUGAGGGAAUCAAGGGCAGGCUGACUGUAAUCAAAAAUGACUACACUUCUUAUGUAAAAAAAUUAAACCAUACAAAUUACUUCAUAGUAGGACGAAGGUCACAAGUGACAACGUUCAAACAACAUGCAUCUGCUGUAGCAAACUAUUUAAAAGGAAAAAAACAAAAUUUUUUUUUUUGUGAAUUUUCAGGUUUACUUCGUCAGGUUAACUUUGCCAUGUUCAAGGGUAGCUACUUCCUUCCCAGCUUAAAUCGAAUAAUAUCUUAUUUAUAUGAAUCUGGUUAUCAUAGUUGGCUUACGAACAGCGUUGACUAUACCUACAACGCAGAACCUGACGUCCGAAGCUAUGAGAUAGCUGAACUAGCUCAACACGAUUUCCAAACAGGAUUGAAGCUUAUUCAUGUUAGCGGUGCUUUUUUCAUUCUUGCGCUUGGAUAUGGAAUUUCUGUUGCAGUUUUUCUUAUGGAGUGUGUCAUUUAUCGUGUCUCGGCGAGAAUGCAACGAAUAAUUGUGCUGUAAAUGUAUUUUACACUUUUUAGAAUUUCUGACUCUGUUUCAGUAGACGUGAUGUACACCUACCUGUGACAAUUUUGAAGCAUUCACAUAAAUGCAAAAGGUUCAUAGCGAACCAGAAUCUUGCAAUCCUUUAAUCUAAAAAAAUAUAGAUGUGUAUUGUUAUGAAUUUUUAAACUGUUUGAAGUCUUUUUUUGAACACUAUUAUACAACUUGAAUAUGUAUCAGUACCUACUUAUAUUACAAUUUCUGUUUGUAAA